UUUACGUUUUAAGGCCGUUUUAUAAUGUGCGUGUUUUCUUCAGAUUUAUUUAAGCGCACAUGUAUAAAUGUAAAUUUAAAACGUUUUCGUCUGCGACGUUAGCUUUUUUUUUUUUUACCCACGGCUGAGGUUUUUCCUGGCUGUUAAAAAGCACAUCGACAGACGGAGGGUCGUGUUGGUCAUGUUUGUAAACAGGAAACACUUAAAACUUUAAAAAAACAACAACAAACACUAAAAAAUAAAAAUAAAAUAAAACGUCUUGGUGUCGUGGACAGGUGAUUGACAGCUCAGGAGGCUAAAGGAGCUAGCAUGGAGCCGAAUAACGAACUACUGUUUGAUUGACGUAGUUCUAGGUUUAAUGACAUCCGUGAUGAAAGGAAUUCUGGGAAUUAUAGAUAUUUUUAAUGUUUAAUUUUAAAACAGUAAUAAAUUAUCCACAAAAUAUGAAAUACAUGAAAUGAAAAAAAAUCGAAACGUUCAGUUCCGGUUCGUAUCAUUGAGACAAAUAAUAAAAGGUAAUAAAGAUUAAUAAAUGUUAUUACGAUAUUACGUUAUUGUUGAUAUUAAGUAGUUAAUGGGCUAUAGUGCUUCCAUAGUGUAGCGGUUAGCACGCCUGCCUCGGAAACAGAGCGUAGUUAGUCCAGGGUUCGGUUCCCUUAAGAGGUUCAUACGUGGUGCCAGCAGGGGGCAGCCUGUUGCAGCAGGGAUCAAUAAAGUUCUGAUUAUUAUCAUUAUUAUUAAUUAGCUUUAAAGUGUCGUUCAGUUCCUGUCUCCAACAUUGCGUUCUUGGUUCCGUGUUCUGCCGACAGUCUGAUGCCGAUCAGCUGAGAUGCCUUUCAAAGAUCUCCCCAGAGAGGCCCUGCUGCAGCCGCUGUCCAGAAACGAGGUGGUGGGCCUGCUGCUGCGGUUGACAGUGUUUGGAGCAGCCACGUACUACAGCAUCAAGUGGGUCAUGGAGGCCAUGGAUCCGACGUCGAAACAGAAGAACCAGGCCAAGAAAAGGGCGGAGCAGCUGAUGAAGAGCAUCGGCGUGGAGGACGUCACCCUCACGGAGUACGAGAUGAACAUCGCGUCCCACCUGGUGGAGCCACGGAGUAUGAAGGUCUCCUGGGAGGACAUCGCCGGUCUGGACGAAGUCGUCAACGAGCUGCAGGACACCGUCAUCCUCCCCUUCCAGAAGAGAGCCGGAUCAAAGCUCUUCCAGGGUGUUUUGUUGUACGGACCUCCGGGAUGUGGGAAGACCAUGAUCGCCAAAGCAACGGCCAAGGCCUCGGGGUGCAAGUUCAUCAACCUGCAGGCGUCCACGCUGACGGACAUGUGGUAUGGAGAGUCGCAGAAACUCACGGCCGCCGUCUUCUCGUUGGCUGCCAAAAUCCACCCCUGCAUCAUCUUCAUCGAUGAAAUCGGUGAGGCGCUGUCAGGAUUCAGAUCGGUAAGUUAUCGUUUUUUUUUUUUUUAUUCGGACCACGAGGCUACGGCCAUGAUGAAGGCCCAGUUCAUGAGUCUGUGGGACGGACUGGACACGUCCGCUACGCUGCAGGUGAUGGUAAUGGGCGCCACCAACAGGCCGCAGGACGUAGAUGCAGCCAUACUGCGGAGGAUGCCUGCUGCGUUUCACGUUGGCCUUCCAAACGCCCAACAACGACGGGACAUCAUGACGCUGAUCUUGGCAGGAGAAAACCUGAGCCGCAGUGUUAAUCUGACGGAAAUCGCUGAGAAGACCGAAGGUUACUCUGGCAGUGACCUGAGGGAGCUGUGCCGCGACGCCGCCCUGUACCGAGUCAGGGACUAUGUCCGCGAGGAGCAGCUGAGGCAGGUCACUGAGCAGCUCCUGGACUGGGACGGGGAGAAAAACACUUCCAGACCUGUCGAAGAAGAACGGUUGCGGCCGGUCACCCAACUGGACCUUCUCUUCGGCCUGGACAAAAUGGAGGAGUCUAAGCGGGCCACAGUCUCCAUGCCCAACCGGGUGUCGGACGUUCCUUUGGACCGAGCGGCGACCCGGCGCUCACUCAAA